AUGUCAACAUCGGAUACUGGAGCUCCAACAAGUGCUGCUACAGCUGAAGGUUUAUCAAACACUGAAUCUGGUCAGGUUGAUCAAGUUGAUGCUAAUCAUCCUCUAUGCAUUCAUCCAUCUGAUACACAAGGUUCUAUUAUCAUCUCUACUCAACUUCUAGGCUCCGAAAAUUACUCUCUAUGGAGCAAAUCGAUGCGACUUAUGUUGCUUGGUAAAAAUAAGCUAGGUUUCCUUCUAGGCACAUGUAGAAAAGAGAUGUAUCCUUCCAACUUACACAAUUUCUGGGAUAGGUGUAAUGCUAUAGUGCUAGCGUGGAUUAUGAACACAGUGUCCAAGGAUCUGUUGAGUUCUGUGAUUUAUGCUUCUGAUUCACAUAAAGUCUGGGAAGAUCUCCGUGAGAGAUUCGAUAAGGUUCUUAUGACUUCACCUCUGCCUACCAUUAAUCAAGCUUAUGCUAUGAUUAUAAAUGUGGAAAGUCAGAGGUUAAAUGGUACAACCUUAGGAGGUUCUCCUCUUGGUGAUACUAGCUCAGGAUCUACUGCUCUUAUGAGUAACAAGAUGUCUCUUGGAGGUUCAAGUAGUGGUUAUGAAAGUCAUACCAACAAUUAUGGUGGCUCUAGCUCUGGAUAUGGUGGUUCUAGUAAUGAAGAAAAGGGAGGAAGCAUAUCUCAUAAUCAUGCUAGUAAUGUCACUAUUCAUGGCAAUUCCUCUGCUGAUCUACAGAUGCUUAAUGCUCCUCAAGGAUUUUCUUUUUCAGGAACACAUUCUUCAGCACCCUUGUUCACUCAAGAUCAGUAUAACCAGAUUCUUAAGAUGCUAAGCAAAGACAAGGAAUCUGAUGCCAGUGCUAAUGUUGCAACCACUACUGGUUCAGCAUUGCAUGGAAAAAAUAGUAAACAAGUUAAUCUACCUACCGGGGGUCAAGUCCCUAUUAGUCAUGCUGGUAAAUCUUCUAUUCUUGGUGAUAAGACUAUGAUAGAUGAAAUCUUCAUAGGAAAGGUACUGGGGAUUGGUAGAGAGGAGCAUGGUUUGUAUUUGCUGCAGUCUGAUACUUCUCACACCCUCAUAACUGAACUUGAGUCAACUAAUCUUUUGUCUUUAUCUGUUUCUUCUAGUCCUAUGAAUAAUUGUGAUAGUUCUUCUUCUGCUAAUAGUAAUGGUUGUUAUGGAGUUCUUUAUCAAAGUUUUUGUGUCUAUACCCCUCAACAAAAUGGGGUUGUUGAGAGAAGACACAGAUUACCUUCUGUUCGAUUACAUGGUGCAUCUCCUUUUGAAAAGUUGUUUCAUAAGGCACCUACUUUGCAUCACUUUAGAGUAUUUCGAUCUCUGUGCUAUGCAACUGAUGUCAAAAGAAGUGACAAGUUUGCUCCUAGAGCUUAUCCUGCAGUUCACCUUGAUGAUUCAACAACUUCUACACCUACUAUACCUUCUUCCCCCACAUCUAUACCUACUGUGAGUAGCUCUUCUUUUCCUACACCUUUCUGCUCUCUUCCUGUUCCACCACCUCCUAUCAGAAAGUCUACCAGAAGUUUCAAACCACCAGUGUGGAUGGCUGACUGUGUCCUACCCUCCAACUCCACUAAAUCCUGCUUGUAUCCACAAGCUUGUCUUGAUCCCAAAUGGAUCACUGCUAUGCAAGAAGAAAUGAAGGCUCUUGAAGACAAUCAAACUUGGUCUCUUAUUUCUUUACCUCCUGGUAAGGUUUUCAUUGGUUGCAAGUGGGUAUAUAAGGUCAAGUUUCAAUCUAAUGGAAAGGUUGAGAGGUACAAGGCCAGGCUUGUAGCCAAAGGGUACAACCAGCAAGAGGGUCUAGACUACACUGAUACCUUUUCCCCUGUAGCCAAGAUGGUUACAGUUAGAUCAGUUGUGGCUUUGGCUGCUUCCUCUGGCUAG